ACCCAUUAAGCAUUCUCUACAAAUUCCCUUUCCCUUUAGCUCCCUCUGCUCUCUGCCAUGGCGGCCAAGCUGACCCAGGAGCAGGCGGACGAGUGCAAGGAGAUCUUCGACCUGUUCGACGGCGACGAGGACGGCCGCAUCGCCGCCGGCGAGCUGGUCACCGCGCUCCGCUCCCUGGGCCAGAACAUCGACGAGGCGGAGGCGCGGGGCUUCCUCGAGGACGCGGGCGCCGGCGAAGGCGCCACCAGCAUCGACCUCGCCACGUUCCUGGCCGUGGCGGCGCGCAAGGCGAACGCGGGCGUGUCGGCGAAGGGCCUGGCCGACUGCCUGGGCGCGUUCGACGACGACGGCAGCGGGGUGAUCCCCACGGAGCAGCUGCGGCAGGUGAUGGUCUCCCACGGCGACCGGCUGACGGAGGAGGAGGCCGACGAGCUGGUCCGCAAGGCGGACCCCCGCGGCGAGGGCCGCGUCCAGUGCAAGGAGUUCGUCAAGGUGCUCAUGAACAAGCCUUGAGCUCUUCUUUUUCGCACUGAAUCUGGAGGCCGAUGAGGAAAUAAUUCCUUGUUUUCUGAAUUAUGUGAUGUACUGUAAUGAGUUGUGGAUGCCUUGUAUUAGUUGUAUACUUGUAUACGAAGAGUUCUAGCUGCAAUACAUGUAACUCCGGUUGUAUACAUGAGAUUCUAAGUGAUCCUGAACACUUUAGCACUACAAUGUAAUUGGGUAAAUUUGCUGCCAUGUUUCGUAAUGAAGUUCCUUUGGUGGUAUGGCAUCAAUGUCACCUACCAGUA